CUGCAGUUAUUCGUGGAGAUCCCCAUUUUCCUAAAUCAUCUGUUUUUAGGCUAAGUAUUUGUUUUGUAUAUUCGGAUUUUAUAGGCGAUCUAAAGUGGCCAAAGCUUUGCUGCAUCUUAUUUAAGGUUUUAUUAUCGUCGACGUCUGGCCUACCUCAUAGGCAAUUAAAUGUUGGGAGAAAAGGCACAAGGCGUCCCUUUGAAAGUAAUGGACUACACCUAUGACGCCGAUUUGGAAGAAUUGUGUCCUGUUUGUGGAGAUAAGGUCUCAGGAUACCACUAUGGACUCCUUACAUGUGAAAGUUGUAAGGGCUUCUUCAAGAGGACAGUCCAGAAUAAUAAGAGGUACACUUGUGCAGAAAACCAGGAGUGUAAAAUAGACAAAACACAGCGGAAGAGAUGUCCCUUCUGCCGAUUCCAGAAAUGCCUCAAUGUUGGCAUGAGAUUAGAAGCGGUGCGUGCAGACCGCAUGCGUGGGGGCAGGAAUAAGUUUGGCCCUAUGUACAAGCGGGACAGAGCCAUGAAGCAGCAGAAGAAGGCUUUGAUCCGUUCCACAGGCUUCAAGCUGGAUUCUGCUCCUCCACAGCUCUCGCCUGUACAGACUAACUAUGGCUUCACCGGCACCCUGCACAGCCUCCCAUCCCUCCCCAAAGGCCUUAUGCCCUCCAUCCCAGCCUCCAUCAACCCCACAGACUACGAGGCCAGCCUCUACGGACCCCCCUCCCUGGGGGUGGCCAUGCAACCCCAUGGGCCCCUGCCCACCCAGUACCAGUACACAGCAUUCCCCAGCAGGGCCAUCAAGUCUGAGUACCCUGACCCCUACACAAGCUCCCCAGAGUCUCUGGUGGGGUACCCCUUACCGGACGGAUACCCCUCCGGUGGCUCCCCGCAGCUUCCCAGCCAGCCCCUCGUGCUGGAGCUGCUGCGCUGCGACCCAGAUGAGAUGCAGGUGCAGAGUAAGAUCAUGGCCUUCUUGCAGCAGGAGCAGAGUGGCCGGGGCCGGCAGGAAAAGCUCAGCACCUUCAGCCUCAUGUGUCGCAUGGCCGACCAGACUCUGUUCUCCAUAGUGGAGUGGGCCAGGAGCUGCAUCUUCUUCAAGGAGCUCAAGGUUGGGGAUCAGAUGAAGCUUCUUCACAACUGCUGGUCUGAGCUGCUGGUUCUGGACCAUGUCUUCAGACAAGUGCAGCACGGGAAGGAGAGCAGCCUGUUGCUGGUUACUGGCCAGGAGAUGGAUCUGUCAUCCAUGGGGUCCCAGGCAGGGGUGACUCUUUCAGGACUGGUCCAGAGAGGACAGGUGCUGGCUGGGAGGCUGCUGACCCUGCAGGUGGACAGGAGAGAGGUUGCCUGCCUUAAGUUCCUCCUUCUCUUCAAUCCCAAUGUAAAGCUGUUGGAGAAUCAAGCGUUUGUGGAGAGUGUUCAGGAGCAGGUGAAUGGGGCUCUGCUGGAAUACACUCUGUGCACCUACCCCCUGUACCUGGACAAGUUCAGCCAGGUGGUGAUGCGUCUGCCAGAGCUGCGAGCCCUCAGCACCCAGGCAGAGGACUACCUGUGCUACAAACACCUGAGUGGGGAGGUGCCCUGCAACAACCUGCUCAUCGAGAUGCUCCAUGCCAAGAGGGCCUGUGUAUGAGCACCACGCUACCAUCACUAUAUACCAACAGACUGUCUGUGGGACUGACGCUGUGGAAGCCAGACAUGGUUUACAAUUACAGCCCAGAGAGAAUGAUGUGUGUGUUUCUGUGUGUGCGUGUGUGUGUGCAUGCGUGUGUGGUGAGCAGCCCCUCUGUCCUAGGUGUGUGUAAACAGAAUAUGGACUUGUGUUUUUGGCAGUUCUUUAAAUGUACAUAGAUUACAAAAGAAGCUUUGUUAUGAUACUGUACGUAAAUGUAACUUUGCCCUUUUCUUGAAUUCAGCAGAGUGAGGUGUUAUAUCAGAGCUAGUGGAGAUAUUUUAGAUUCUUCAGAUGAAAGAGGCACUAUAACACACGUCAUUCAGACUUGUCCUAGCCUUUCAAAUAUAGUGUAAACACUACAUUUAUUUGAGCACUUGUUCCUUUGUAAAUUGUCACCAACUUUACCACAAAGAAAUUGUUGUGUGAAAAAUAAGUUAUGUUCAAUAUAUAUUUUUUUCUAUUAGAUAUUGAUAUUCUAAUAUAUUAACUACACGUGUUUUCAAGAAUCACAUAAGCACACUCAUAUUCAGUUUAACCUUAGAGUUGAUGUCUUUGCCCCCGUGGAAAUCUAAUUAGCAUAAUACAAAAAUCGACAUAAAUACCUGUCAGUUUAAGCUAGAGAUAUAUUUUUGUUGUUGCAUUGGAUGCGUCUCCAUCCACCACAUCCCCCGAUGUCGCAUCUGCGGUGAAAGGUGACAGAGCUAGAGCGCUGUUUGUCAGACCAUGAGACAUCCCGAAAAUCAGUCUUCUCACAAAAUCACCUCCAUGGAAAGAUGAGACUAUCACAAACACAAACAUGUCGGUCUGCUCUAGGACACCCACAGGCCUCACAUGACAUGUCUGAAGGUCCCCCGGUACCAGUUGAAAAAAUGUACGGAAGUACACUAUCUGUUGUUCCAUGUAGUAAAUCUGUUAUUCAAUGCUUUUAAGGCCAAAAAUAGCAGUAAAGGCCAAAAAUAAUUUUUCAUCAAAUAAUUUGUACAUAUUUUUUUGUGGAUACUUCAAGGGGUCUUAAACUUCAAAAAUCAAAUAGCGAAAUUAUCCUUGGUAUGACCUUCUUAAAACAAUUCCAUAUAGCUUAGAACCCCCCGGGUGGGUUAAUGACAGUCUGUUACUCCAAUGAGAUAUUUGCUUAAAGUGAUAGAAAGAGAGAGAGAAACAGUGGAGAUGGAAAAUGUGGCAGUGAUGUGUGGGACAGAAUGAAAGGAAGCCAUCUUUGUCUGCAGCCAUUUCUUAUUAACAGAUGACUGGAGGAGGGCCCCAGAAAGAGAAGCCCACAUGUGAGGACAGAAAAAUGAACAACAAAGAAAGCAAUCUCUUAUUAAGUAGACAUGUUAAACAUGAAGCUUUACGGUGUAAAUCCUCUUACCAAAGACCUAUCCACCCUGACAACAGAGCCAGGUCAAGGAUAUGGGGUCGUGCACUGUGGAUGUUCUCCAGUCCUUUUGUAGUCACAUAAUGAAUGAAAACAUGCAAUUGGCGAUGUAUGCAAUGUUUGCUUUCCAAGCUAAACGUGAAGGUGAUAUAAGGAAAUCCAAUUGUAUUGAAGUGUAAAGAGAAUACAGACCAAUCGUACUUGAGAAAUGGCAUAUGAAGUGGAAAACAACAAGUAUCAGAAUUGCAAAGGUAUGAGGAACAACAUGUAACACGCACAUAUCUGUCAUUUCAGCACAUAUCUGUCAUUUCAGCACAUAUCUGUCAUUUCAGCACAUAUCUGUCAUUUCAGCACAUAUUGAAGCAACAUGUUUGAAUUGGUCACACAGACAUGGCAGGGUUGGCUCUAUUAACUUCUUCUAGACAAUCAUAACACUUGCCUUAAAAGAUAACCCUGGCUUGUCUGUGUGUGAAUAUAUGGACCAUGGUUUAGUCACUGAUGUGAGAGUCAUCUGUACCUCUCCGCUGUAGUACAUUUCAAUUGGGAAACAUGAGAAGAUUAACACAGUGAGCUGUACCAAGCUCAGAUGUUUCUAACAAACAGAUGUCUCUGUUUGUAAUUGGUUCUCUUGAUGUUGCUUUUGCUUCUAUUGUGUUUUUACCUUAUUCCGUGAGGUCCCAGUCUUAGUCGUUUUUGGUGAUGAGAUCUGUUUAUAGUCCUCAUUCUCAAACUGUCUGUGCUGGUCCACUUUGUUUCCUCUCUCAGCAAUUUGAAGGCUUUUCAAACACAAACAAUCAAAAUGUUUUUUUUCUUCUUGAAAUAUAUUUUAUUGUAAUUAGCAUCAAACCAAUAAAUGCUAUUAAGUAAAGCUCUA